AUGACUACCUGGGCGGCGCUGGCUGCCGAGAGACAGGUCCUGGCGGGCCGCUGGAUGUGCCUCGCGGAAGACAAGAAGGCGCUGGCCGUGAUGGAGCGGCGGCUGCGCACCGGCGACGACCCGGAGCCCUUCGAGCCAGGCAAGCCGCUCCUCCCCCUCACAAAUGCGGGCAGCCUGCCCGUGCAGGACGUGCGCUGCGCCAUCAUCGCCCACCAGGUGGACGUGCCCUUCUGGAGCUGCUGCUUCCAGCGCUGA